AUGGCCAAUUCGUUAACCACAAACGACCGCAAGAAUGAUGCUGCUAUGCAACUCCAACAUUUGGAGAGAUAUCCCUCUAUCAGCCAGGGUACGAUGAUGGGCAACGACGUGGAUCCGCCAAAGACCUACAAGCGGAGAUUCAUCGGCAUGGUACAGCUUUUUGUUCUCAAUCUGUGCUUCACUAUAGCCUGGAUUGACUUGGCGCCCAUUGUGGACUUUGCAGCUGAGCACUUUGGAAGCUCGGUGCCCGCGAUCAACUGGUUCUCUACAUCCUUCUUCCUCGCUGCCCUUGUGGCCGAGUACCCUGCGUCCUUGGUCGCGCGGCGAGGCUUAAAGCUUUCCAUGAUUGUGUCCGGUGCUUUUAUGGUUGGAGGCACUUGGCUAAUGUAUGGAGGUACUCGAAUCAAAAGCUUCAGCAUGGCAUUGACAGGACGUUGUGUCAUUGCCAUAGGACAGCCCUUCUCGCUUAUCCUCGCCGCUCCCUUCUCAGAUGCAUGGUUUCGAUCUGGGAGUAGAGCCACCGCGACAGCAGUCUCUGGAUUAGCUACUAUACUGGGCAGUACAAUCGGGCAGUUUAUUAUGGCGGCCUGGGUAGAGUCAAAAGAUGAUGUGACACAGGGAGUCUUGUAUCAGAGCAUUUUGUUGUCGGCUGUCUGCUUCACAAUCCCUUUCAUUCCCGCAAAGCCCCCUACCCCUCCAGCUCCAAACACUGUGCACCAAAUAUCUUUAUCUUACGCACAGGAAGCAAAGAAGCUCCUCUCGAGGCCCGAACUCUACCUUGCUGGUAUCCCAUUUGCACUCACAUCAGGAGUCUUCAACGCGAUGUCCUUUCUUCUUUUCCAGAUUUCUAUGCCCUACGGAUUCACCGUCGACCAAUGUGUUAUUGCUGGUCUACUACUUAUCGUCCCAGGUCUGGUGGUCUCUCUUGUCGCGGGGAGGCUUGCAGAUAUGUUUAGAUGCCAUCUUGCCUUACUGAAGGGACUGGCGUUAUUAGACGGUGCUGCCCUCCUCGCCUUUAUUUGGGUUGCCCCUUCUGGAAAUAUCGGAUUUCUAUAUAGUAUCAGCAGUAUCCUCAGUAUCGGGGUGAUUGCACCGAAUGGCGUGGCCGUCGAGUUUAUUACAGAAAUCAUAUAUCCGCUUAAACCGGAGCUUGCUCUCGCGGCCAUGUGGGGUACAGGACAACUGUUGGGGGCUGUUUUAACGAUUGGCUGUGGGUAUAUGAACGACGCUCAUGGCGGUCUACAGCCAGGUGUCUAUCUCAUGGUUGCGCUAGGCUUGGUAGCCGUCCCGCUGACCUGGUCGCUUGGGGUUUGGGGUAGACGGGAAUUUGUACAACUUCGGCGAACUGCCAUUCAGAGUCAUCUAUAG